GGAAAACUCCCUACCUAUGGCUUUUUCACUAUUUAAACCCCAAAACCCUCUUGCUCAGAUUUUGCUUCUCUUCACACACACUAAAGUUUUCUUGAGGGAACAAGAGACAGAAGUGAGUGAUCUGUGAGUUCUGAGAAAUAUGGCGAAGGCAGUGGGGAUCUUUUUGUGUAUUGUGAUCAUAGCCCUCGACGUCGGCGCGGGCAUCCUCGGCCUCGAAGCAGAAGUCGAACAGAACAAGGUGAAGCACUUGAGGGUUUGGAUAUUCGAGUGUAAAGAGCCCAGCCAGGACGCCUUCAAGCUCGGGGUCGGCGCGGCCGGCCUUCUUGUGAUAGCCCAUGUCCUGGCUAAUCUGGUCGGCGGGUGCGACUGCGUAUGCUCCCAGGACGAGCUCCAGAAGGCUCCCCCGAACAGGCAGCUCACCAUCGCCUGCCUCUUCUUCACCUGGAUCAUAUUGGCGGUGGGAUUGUCGAUGCUGGUGAUCGGGACGCUCGCAAACCACAAGUCGAGGGCAUCCUGCGGGAUCACACACCAUCACUUCCUAUCGAUCGGGGGGAUACUGUGCUUCGUUCACGGCCUCUUCUCGGUUGCUUACUACAUCUCCGCCACUGCCGGCAGCCCCUCCUAAACUAGUUACUUAUAUCUGAUGAUGAUGAUUGCACGCUCACUCACUUUCCUUUCCUUUCCUUUUUUGUUAAAAAGAAAACCUAUUAACCUUUUUUUUUUUAAAAAAAAAAAUUUCAAGUUGAGUUUGAUGGGCUGAUGACUGUUCUAAGUCUCUAUGUAUGACUGUUUUUGUGAUUAUAAUGUCAUUUUUCCAUUGGAGGGAAUUAAUUACAAUUUUAUUAUAAAGAUCUUUUCUUUAGCUAAAAGAAAAGAAGGUGGUCAUGUCAUGUAACUAUCGACCUCAUUUUAUUUUCUCUUUUUAGCAUCAUCCUCCUAUGGACUUGCUUGUUAA